CUUCUCUUUCCAUCACGUCUAAGAAACAUCUUAUUAGACCCACGCUAUAUAAACGCAAUGCACCAGCAUACCGGCCAGUUAUAUGCUGACUCUAUUCGCAGCCGUGCCCGGACUGUAACAAUACACUUAUAUUGCACAAGUGUAAAUCGUAAUCGUAUCUGUGACCUAAAGGAAUUCCUACCUUGCCACUAUCUACUAGGAUCAUUUAAUACUUGUCCCAAGUAUUUGUGUCAUCAUUUUUUCAAGGUAGUCAUCAAUUCAAAACUGACGUCGUGGCAUCGAAAGAUGUAUUAUCUUCAGAUAACGUUACUUUGGUUAUCAAUAACCAAUGUAAUAUGCGACUUACCACCGGGUACAAGGCGUAAUACUUAUUUACCGCCUGAAUCAACGAAAGGUUACUCAUAUGAGAAGCCACCGAUACCAUUUACAAAGACUCCAACCUUUCCUACCCGACCAACACCAACAUUUCCGCCAACGAGAACAAAUCCACCCUUUAACACGAUACCAACGAGACCCAAUGUUCCUCCGACACCAAGUAGACCAUAUCCCAUUCCUGUAACAAAACCACCGGGAAAAUAUCCAACGAGACCUCCAAAUGGAUAUCCACCACCAGGACCAAGACCAACUCCAAUAUUUCCAGAACCGGGUAAUAAUGGGAAUACAGUAGGUCCUGGACACGAUCAUCAUCACCAUGAGCCCGGUAUGCCUUUCGAUUUUAACUAUGCAGUAAAAGAGGACGCCUUCGGGAAUGAUUAUUCUCACAAUGCCAUCAGCGACGGAGAUAUCGUACGUGGUGAAUAUCGCGUGCAACUUCCGGAUGGCCGAAUGCAAAUUGUACGAUACACGGCUGAUUGGAAACAUGGUUUUAGCGCACAGGUCUCUUACGAUGGAGCCUCGCGUAAUUUCAAUAGAGGCUAUUAAAUUUUAGCGUUUUAUAGAGAUUUCUACGAUUAUUCCAUUUUAACGUUGUUUCAAAAUAUUUGACAAAUAUCCGAAACUGGCACUGAGAGAGAUGGGGAGGGAGAGGGAGGGAGGGAGGGAGAGAGAGAGAGAGAGAGAGAGAGAGAGAGAGAGAGAGAGAGAGAGAGAGAGAGAAAGAGUAAUGUUUUUCGGUGGUCCGAAUUAAUCUUUCUUUCUUUUUAUUACCUUCUUUUUUUUUUCCUUAUCAGAAUACGAUCAUCUGUAAAUCGUUAUUGUAAGUCCAAAAGAAAUGUUCAGUUUUGUUAACUUAUUUCAACCUUUAUGCGGCUACAAUUCAUUUAAUUGUCCCCCAAAGAUAAUACUCGAUUAUUCGUAAUUUAUAAAUGUUAUUAGGGCAUGAUAAUUUAUUUUAACAAUAUAUACGUAUAUGGUAUGCAUGUAACGCUAAUGUAUACAAAUUAAAUACGUAAUUUAAAAAAUGGAAAAUAUAUUGAGGGUUAGGUUAGAAGAUAUAAUACGAUUUCAAAGUGACUUUAUAAUUAUAAGAUUAUAUAAAGAUUUGUAACUUUAACCUAUAUAAUGUUCUUGUUGAAAAUCAGAAUUUAUUACACUUUCUACUUUGGAA